CGGGAGAUUACAUGAGUAGUUAUGUUUUAAAUGAAAAUAGAGAGAAUUUGAUACUUAUUUUAAUUAAAUAUACUAUAGCCAGUAGAGAGGACUAGAAUAUUAUUUGGAAACGGUGUACAGUCAACCUAUAUAGAAAAUGAUAUUUAAAAUAAUUACUGGAAACUUAAUCACUCUAUAUUUAGUUCUACUUGUGCUGCCAAAGUGCUUUAUUUUAGUCAAAUUGGAUCACAAUCAUAUAUACUCCUCCAUGUAAAAUUGGAGUUUAUUAUAUCCAUAAAAAACAAUAUGCGGUUUAAAUAGUUAGCUGACUUGAUAAAAAAAUAGUUAGCUGACAAAAAUCAAUGGCAAGUGUUAUACAAGAACAACAUCAAAAGUAACAAAUAUUAAUAUAGUUACUUAUAGGGUCGAAGAAAUUUCUAUAUAUAACCAUCCCAUCUCCUCAGAACUCAACCUACCACAUUAAAACCCAUUUCCUCUCCUGUAACCUCACUACAGUUUUUUGUGGUUCCCUCUUUUUCUCCAAGCCAUUUUUUCUUGUGCAGAAAAAAGGCGAACAUAUGGAGUUUUUCUGGAAAAUGAUGUCAUUGAUGAGUCUGAUGAUGAUGGUGAUGUGCAAGAGUGUGGAUGGUUAUAGUAGCGGUUGGGUCAAUGCUCGAGCCACAUUCUAUGGAGGUGCUGAUGCUUCUGGCACCAUGGGCGGUGCGUGUGGGUACGGUAACCUAUACAGUCAAGGAUACAACACGAACACAGCGGCGCUAAGCACGGCUCUAUUCAACGGCGGCCAAAGCUGCGGCGCUUGUUUCCAGAUCAAAUGUGUAAACGACCCAAAAUGGUGUCGCCGGGGAACAAUCACCGUCACCGGAACAAACUUUUGUCCACCUAACUUUGCUCAAGCCAACGACGCCGGAGGUUGGUGUAACCCUCCCCAACAUCACUUUGACUUAGCUCAGCCCAUCUUUCUCCGCAUAGCUCAAUACAAAGCUGGUGUCGUCCCCGUCCAAUACCGAAGAGUGGUUUGCCGGAGAAGAGGAGGAAUGAGAUUCACGAUCAACGGCCACUCAUACUUCAACCUCGUACUCAUAACUAACGUCGCCGGUGCCGGGGAUGUAGUUUCCGUCUCCGUUAAAGGGACAAGGACAGGUUGGCAAAGCAUGUCGAGAAACUGGGGACAGAACUGGCAAAGCAACGCAAAUCUUGACGGCCAGGCUCUUUCCUUCAAAGUAACAACUAGUGAUGGCCGUACAGUCGUCUCUAACAACGCUACUCCUCGUAACUGGAGCUUCGGACAGACUUAUACAGGAAAACAGUUCCGAGGUUAGAGGUGAUGACGUGGACUGAACACUUUAUGAUGAUUAAAAAAACGUUUUUACUUAUUACUGAUUUUGGAAUUUCUUAGAGUUUGCAUAGGUUUUUAAAAAAUGUUUCGGAAUUUAUCUAAUUAACCCAAAAGAGAAACUAAAAUAAAUAAUUAAAUGGCGGAAAAACAAGUUUUUUUCACCGGCAGCUUUUGUAAUUUGCCGGUGAGUCUGAGGUGAACAGAAAGGGAGAAAAAGAGCUUUGUGUUUUCACCCGCCGCCUGAGCAUUUGAGAUUUCUUUUUUUUUUAAUAUAUGUUUUUUUUUAUUUUUUUAUUUGGCUUUAAGAUGUUCGAUGGUAUGUUUCUGUAAGGCAUUGUCUAUUGAACUAAAAGUAAUUUUAUAGUUUUUUAUGCUUAGUUUUUCUUGUUCUUCUUUAAUCAUGAGAGACCAACAUCAUUAUCACAAAUUAUUACGCUAGUUUUAUAGUCUUAUCCUUUAUUUCUUUGAUUUGCUGUUGUUAACUCACGAUAUGUAAAUGUCAUAUGAUCUAAUAUGAAAUUUUACGCCUAGAAAAUGUCAUGUUGUAACAGAGAGAUACUUCAUCAAAUUUACGUUUUAAAAUCUUCUGUUCCAUCGGUAAAUAAUUCUGUGGCAAUACGGCCAGUGUAAAGACCGAUAUAGGAAAAGAUAUUCGUCUGCUAAAAGAAAAUGAUGUGGACAAGUAUGGUAAUCAAGAUGAUGAUGAUGUACUGACUAAACUACUACAACCAGGUCGUUUUUAUCAACUACUCAAGCCAAUGUUAUUGUCAAGUCUUCAUCUUUUUGUAGACACUACCAAACUAAAGACUAGAGCCUCCAAUUAUCAUUUUUCCAUCUUCCAGUCUGUUAAUAAUCUUGUUCUUUCACAUGGUUUUUCUACAUUUAUUUCAUGCCUGCUUACCCAUUCUACAGUGGGUUGAAUAAUGAAGAGUCAAGUGAAGACAAGAGUGAAACCAAACCGUUUGGCUAGCUCGGUUAGCUUGUGCUCUGUUUCUGGAUGAAAGAAUGGGACCUUUAGGGAUUCAAAACUCCAUCCGCCUUAUCAAAAAAUGUCUUGUGACCAGUGCCGUGCCACAGUACAUAAAAAUGAAACCUUCGCUUUGGGCAUCAAAAAAUAUUUAAAGAUCAAGGGCAUCAUCUAUUAUUUUAGAGGCAUAAUAUAAUUAUAAGAACUUGAGUUUAUACAUGAAAACACUAUGAUAAUUAGGAUUAAAAAGUUCGGUUUAUAAUGAAAACAUGGAUUUCCUAAGUAACAAACAAUGUAGAUAAUUUUUAAUUGUUAAAGAAUUAGAGUAAUUAGAUAUUGGCGAUUAUAGUUUUGAAUGCAUUUUUAAAUAUUAAAAAACUGAAGUUAGAAAAUUUAUCUUUAUUUAAUUAUGAAAAAAUAUUGAGUAAUUUGUUUUAUCUUAUCUUAAAAAAUUGUUACAAAAUUGAAUGAUAAAUACUUGAUCAAUAAUUUUUUUACAAAAAUAAACUUCUUAUAUAAUUAAUAUUUUUGGAAGUUAUAUUAUCUAUACGUUUAUUCUCUAUUGUAAUAUUAUUAUUAUUUUUAUUGAAAUUUUUUGAAUGAUUCGCUUCAGGCAACCAUAAACGCUCGCAUGGCUCUGUUUGUUACGGAUAUCACAAAAAUGUUACAUAUGAUCAUAUUUAGUAUGUCACACACUAAAUAAUAAUAAUUAAAUUCCAAAAGUAUAUAACCAGAAAAUCAAAGAUAAUAGUAACACUUUUUAGAUAUUUUCUUUGGUGUUAAAAUAAACCUUCGGACAGAUUCUCUAUCUAGCUAGCUAUUUGCUUAUUCUCUUAUUUUUCAUGACUAGGGAUUGUUAUCCGCGCCAAGACGCGGGAUUUUUGCAUUUUAAUCUAUUUUUGUCUCUUGCUUACUAAUCUAGCAUUCAGUUUUUCAAUGCAUUUUAUCUUCAUCAUCUCCUCUUGUCUUGUUUACAUUUGUUUUCACGUUCUGUCGUUUGAUUUGUCUUAGUUUUGGCUUAUGUAAUAACUUAACCCUGCUCAUUCUUCUUUCAUUCUUUAUUGAUUGAUAUUUUUAUCUCGCUUAGCUCUGUGUUGCCACUAAUUUGCUCGAAUCAUUUUUCAUCAUCUGCUUCGUAUUCUUUUCAUAUUCAUUAACUAUUGUCUCCAAUCUCUUUAAAUCCUAAAAAUCCUACACGUUCUUUUGUUUAUUAAAUCACAUAUUAAAUAUUGUUGAAACUGUUUAUUUAUUCUAAUAAAUUCUUACGAUUAUAACUAAGAUGAUAUGGAUAAAAGACUGAUUAUAAUUUAGUUGAAAUUAAAGUCUAAAAUAGAAGUUAUUAAACUUGCAAUUCUUUUUUUUUCAUCCAAGAUAGCUUUAGUCAAAUCAAUUAUAUUGAUUUAGAAAACCCAUAAGCUAUUUCAAUCCCAAACAACCAAAAAACAGGCGCAUUUGUUAUUGACGCUGCGGCGGGUUUCCUUUACUAUAAACAUAAUUGCUUGUCACAACUGUUAAUAAACCCAAAUGUGUUUACAAAAGCUACCCAUAUAAGAGUUUCAUACUCAUUUCUCUUUCUCUAGUCAUCUCCUAUGUUAGUAGCUAUCAUAAUACAAUCAUCAAAUAAAUGACAUAUCUCUUGGUUCCAUAUAGAAUAUGUAAAAUGAUUGUUUUCUGCAGACUCCAUGAUCAUUGAGUAUUAUAAAUAUCAAACUCUGUCUAUGGUCUAUUUAUAUGUUGAGGAAAUGCCUCGAAAUGUAGCUUCCAAAUAAUGAUUUCCAGGUCAAUACAUUGCAUGUUAACCUCCACAAUGGGAUCAACGGAUCUGCAGAUACCGCUACAUGUCGAGUCGAACGCAGCUACACAUAUGUUCCCUGCUUGUGCCUUUCAUUCACAAUCUGCAAUUCUCCCAAGAACCAGAAUCAAUGUUAAAUGAGGUAAAAGUUUUAGAGUCACAACAGACUUUGUAUAGCCAAGCCCAAUAAACCAAGCACCCAACGUAACAUCCCCACUUGCCUAUUUGUGCAGAAAAUGACUUGAUCAUUAUAUAGUAGCACCGAAAAGUUAGAUGGAGAAUGAGGUAUGAAUGCAAAGUAGA